CACUCGCAGACGUCUAGGCGGGAAUAAGGGCGGAGCGCAGAGCAGUGAGGCCAGUGUCCAGUCUUAUAUUUCUGGCUGCUGUGGUCACUCACUGAUUCAAUGAACGGCACCAUGGCUGCAUCGUCGAACAGGAUCAUGCUGGGCCCCCUUGUAGCUGCUAUCGAUCAAGGCACGAGUUCAACACGUUUUCUGGUUUUCAAUGCAAAAACAGCAGAGCUUCUCAGUCACCAUCAGGUUGAGAUUAAACAGAGCUUUCCCAAAGAGGGCUGGGUGGAGGAGGAUCCAAAAGAGAUUCUUCAGUCUGUGUAUGAGUGCAUGGACAGAACCUGUGAGAAAAUGACCCAGCUCAAUAUUGACAUCUCGAACAUAAAAGCUGUUGGUGUGACCAAUCAGCGGGAAACCACCCUUGUUUGGGACAAGGAAACAGGAGAACCACUUUAUAAUGCUAUAGUUUGGCUUGAUCUGCGGACCCAGUCAACAGUAGAAAGGCUCAUCAACAAAACUCCAGGCAGAAACAAAAACCACCUGAAGCACAAGACUGGCCUACCCAUCAGCACAUACUUCAGUGCAGUGAAGUUACGCUGGCUGAUGGAUAAUGUGGAAAAGGUCCAUGAAGCUGUGCUCUCUCACAGGGCCAUGUUUGGAACGGUGGACUCUUGGCUUAUCUGGAGUCUGACUGGGGGGAAGAAGGGAGGUGUUCAUUGCACAGAUGUAACCAAUGCCAGCCGAACAAUGCUCUUCAAUAUUCAUACAAUGGACUGGGAUCCAGAGCUCUGCAAAUAUUUUGACAUACCAAUGGAAAUUCUGCCAAAAGUGAGAAGUUCUUCAGAGAUUUAUGGUUUAAUGAAAAUCAGCUCUAAUCUGAAAUCUGGCCCUUUAACUGGUGUCCCCAUAUCAGGGUGUCUUGGGGAUCAGUCUGCUGCACUGGUGGGACAGAUGUGCUUCAAGGACGGACAAGCCAAAAAUACUUAUGGCACUGGUUGUUUCCUGCUUAAGAACGUAGGGACUAAGCCUGUAAUGUCGGACCAUGGACUCCUGACAACAGUCGCAUAUAAACUAGGGCGUGACAAGCCUGCCUGCUAUGCACUAGAGGGUUCUGUUGCCAUUGCAGGGGCUGUUGUGCCUUGGCUAAAGAAUAAUCUUGGAAUUAUCCAAACCUCUACAGAACUUGAGCAACUAGCUGCUGACGUUGGCACAUCAUAUGGCUGUUAUUUUGUCCCUGCAUUCUCUGGAUUAUAUGCGCCAUACUGGGAGCCAAGUGCUAGAGGAAUCAUCUGUGGUUUAACACAGUUCACCAAUAGGAGUCAUUUGGCUUUCGCAGCACUUGAAGCUGUCUGCUUCCAGACACGAGAGAUUCUGGAUGCAAUGAACCAGGACAGUGGUAUUCAUCUGUCCCAGCUCCAGGUUGAUGGAGGCAUGACGUCCAACCGGUUACUGAUGCAGCUGCAGGCUGACAUACUGUGUAUCCCAGUUGUAAAGCCGUCCAUGCCUGAGACCACAGCAUUGGGUGCUGCCAUGGCAGCAGGAGCAGCUGAGGGAGUCAGUGUGUGGAGCCUAAACCCAGAAGAUCUCACAGAGGUCACUUCAGAAAAAUUUGAACCUCAGAUCAACCCAGAGGAGAGUGAACUUCGAUAUGCUCGCUGGAAGAAAGCUGUUCAGAGGGCUAUGAACUGGGAAACCACAGAACCAGUCAACAAUGGAAAUGAGGAGACUAGUAUCUUCAGUAGUGUUCCCUUGGGCUUUUACAUUCUGGGUAGCAUGUUUAUGUUAAUUGGAGCAAAGUACAUCGCAGCAGGGCAGAAGUAGACUUGAACCUUUCUGCAUUUCAGAAGAUUGAAGAUGAAGUCAUAAGAAGGUCCAUGGCUUACCCCUUCAAACUCAAGAUGUGCUAUAGUUGCCUUGGCAAAAGACAUUCCAUUGAAACAGUUGUUACUGCUUUCUGUAGACAUGGUACCUCAAAAUGUAGCAGAAAGUUUUAUUGACCAUAUUUGGUAUGAGGACGACAUCAUUUUUCAUGUCCGGAUUACUGUAGUUUCCCCACACUGUUCUCUAGAAAGGAGCUCCAUACUUUCACACUGAAGCUGCUGUGGCUUUGUGUUUCUGGUAUUUUGCAUGUACAGUACAUUCUAAUGGAAUUGUAAAUGAUAGUAAUCAAUUCUCGGCUGUGCAAAUCAGUCAUUGUCCAAUUUAAUUUAAUUUUUUAAUGGCACUAAAAGUCACAGACAUCAACAGGCAUGUGUCUAUGUAUGGUGGUAAAGUUUUAGUUUGAAGUUUGAAAGAACAAGACAUACUAUUAGUACAGUUUAGUUACUUCUCAAACCUAUUCAGGAGAGUUUUACUGCACUUUAUAAUGUAUUAUGCUGUUAUGUGUAACAGCAAGGGAACUCUACAUAAUCUCAUGUACAUAAUGUUGUGAUGUUUUCCUCUUUUACAAUUUCAUAUGCCUUUUGUAAAUGGUUGUCAUUUUGUCUGCAAAAAUACUGUGUGUACCAGUCCAAAACACUGUGGCCCUGCUGAUAGAAGUUGCACUACUGCAUAGCUUCUGCCUCCUAUAAGAGAGAGCAUUAAACAGGAUGUCACUUGAGCAGUAUUGAGUCAACAUCUGAACAAUUACUUACAAGGUCUGUGUAAAUAUAUUUGAACAAACAUACUGUUUUGUUAUCAACUGUAGAGCACUUAAAUUAAAUUGUCACUGUAAUUUAAUCUCUUAAAUUGUGCAUGUAAAUUACAGCCCAAGGAAGCACUGAUGUUAAAAUCUAAAAUUAAUUUGAUAAGUAUUUCCUUUCAGUUCCCUUUCUGUUUAAAUAUCUAACUUGAAAGGAAACCAUUAAUACCUGAUUUUCUGUCAUACUUGAUGUCUGUGUAAUGAAAUCAAGUUCCAUUACAAUCAAGAAUUUAUGAACAGGUGUAAACAUAAACAGAUGAUUUGUUUUAUUAUUUGCUAAAUUUAAUGAUACAAUUGCCAAUAUAGCGAUCUUCUUCGAUGCACAAGGUUGCAUUUUAAAAAGCCAAUCUGUUUGAUGAGAAGCGUUUGCAUAAUGUACUCUGAAUGGUACUUCAUUGAUUUGUGUCCAUGAAUACUUGAAAUUCAAAAAAAUUUCAAAAAUUGUUUUACAAAAAAGCAGCCAGUAUUAAAGUUCAGUAAUUUGUUUA